GAACACAAUUGGUCAUGUCAACAAACAUGGCUGGUUCAAGCACCACAGGCGGCGAGUCUCUCAAAUUGUCGAAGGUUUUAUCAGAGAAGUAUAAAGAUCUAUUGCUUACAAAGUGUCCACGCCACCAGCUGUUAAAUGUUGCUGAUGAUGUUAUUGUGGCUUGGAGUAAGGAAGACGGCUGCCUUCUCUCACAACUCGUUACACCUUCAGAUUCGAAAGUGCAGACAUUAGCUCUAUCUAAACCACCAGUAUGGGAGGUGGAACAAAUACAAAUGAACAAAAAUGGGAAUUGUGUUGCCCUCAUAGGUCGUCGAGGUGUGGCCGUAGUGGAACUACCACACCGUUCUGGUGAUCCUCCGCUGUAUGAUAGAGGGAGGGACACCAUCACUUGCAGGGUGGAGUAUGUGGCUGCGCGAUUUUUUUCCUGUCAUCCUAAAGUGGAAGUGUUGGCUGCUGCCUGGCACCCAGGGUCAUUAGAUAACAACCACAUUGUUAUCCUUGCCUCAGAUAAUUAUCUAAGGAUAUUCAAUUUGUCAUCGAAUGAAAUUCCAGAACAAGCAAUAUCUGUUGGUUCAGUUAAAGCAGGUGUUAUCAGUAGUUCCAAUUUCACUUGUACCUCAACCCUUGGAGAAAAUGCAGUGGCAUUUGAUUUUAGCCUUCCAAGUGAACCAAUGAAAUACCUCUCUGGAAAUCCUGUCUCCAAUGGAGUGAUAGAAAAUUUGAUUGACCGAGAUGAUGAAAAGCGGCAAAGCUUCCUGGCACUGCAAUGGCCAGUGUUCAUUCUUUAUGGUAAUGGGGAUAUCUACUUCACCAUCACAAUGCUUGGCACAAAUAGACCUCACCUGCAUAAGCUUCAUGGCCCUCUCAGCAUGACUCCAGCUUGUGAUGACAACUAUGGGUUAGACUCAUGCAGCCUCCUGGUCUUGCAGUCAUCACCACCAGUGCUGGUUAUAGCGACCACAACAGGCCAGCUCCAUCAUUGUAUUGUGGUUGACAAUGACCUAAAUGAGGACACUGGCUCACUGCUUCAAAAUAACAUGUCCAAUUAUGGAUCUCAAUCUGGUGUACCAGCAGCAGUGAAACUUCAUGUAUAUGAGACAGUUGAAUUGGAAUUAUCACUGGUGCCAGAUGAUGAAGGAUUCACUGCACCUCUCUCACUCCAUCCAGAUCCUUCCACACCCACAAGGUACUGGGUGAGCCAUGAAGCUGGUGUCCAUGGAGUUACUGUUCCCAUUAUUGAGCAUCUUCUCCAGUACACUGACCUGCCAGAUGAUGCAGCUUUUUCUUCUAGUGAGUCAUUGUGUAUGGUGGAUCAUCUGGUUUGCACAAGAUCACUCACUGCAGCUGGCCCCAUGCCAGUGGUGGGCUUGGUAGCUAACUCUACCCAUAACCUCUAUGUUCUUCUGGCUUCAGGCAGGAUCAUCUCCAUUGGCAUUCCUGCAGGUUUUACGCCACUAGUCAUGGAUCCUCCUCAUACAGAUUAUACUCUUGCUCUGUCACCUCUGAGAAAGAUCCAUACAGAGAACUUUGAGGAUCACAUUCGCAGUAUUUUGCACCGUUUAUCAUCUCAGCCACUGUUAGCCUCAGGUUCUAACUCCGAGGUGACUCCUGGCGAGUACCUGAAUCUCCUUAACCGUAUAACAGCAACACUUAGAACAAACUACAUGCAACCUCAACGAGCUGCCAGAGUGGACAUACAGAGAAGGUCAGAUAUUUUGAUUGAACAGAAACAGAGACUACAAGCUGAAAUAGAUGAUUUACAGUCUAGAAAAAAAUUGCUAACAGAAAAAGCCCAUGACUUAGCGGAAAGGUAUGAGGAAUCCAAUGACAAGAAGAUCCAUUUAGUUGAAAGAAUAGAGCGAGUGUUGAGCCGAGUUAUGAGAGCUUUACCAAUGCUGUCUCGGGGAGAGAAAAAUAUGAAGCAUGAACUGGACUCCAUGCAGAGUCAUAUAUCCAGCUUAAUGAACGAACUAACCCAAAUUAAAGCUAAAGACAAGUGGCAGACAAAUCAGAAAGAGAAAUUUCAGAAUACAGAAGCAUCUAAAAACCAGAGAGUAUCCAGUGUGUCUGAAAAUCAGCUGAAAGCACUCAAACAGGCUUUGACCAUUGAGGGUGAGAAGCUGUCCAUUCUGGUGGAGCGAGUAAACCAAGUAAAGCACGAUCUACAGUUAUGAUAAGGAUUACAAGAGUAGAAGAACCCGGAUGAAUUAAACAAAUGAAAGGCACUUGUGUUUUGUCAUAAUAUUUCCAAACUUUAAGAGUCCAGGAGAAUGAGGUAAUAUAAAGGCCUUUAAAGUUACCAUGCAUCCCUUCUAUUAUUAUUAUUAUAAUAAUUUAUUUUAUGAAGGGGCUUAGUGGAUUAAUUGGUUACUUAGUAAUACUUUUUUUUUCAAAUAACAUUAAUGAUCCAAGAUACAAAUUAUGUCAUAAGUUCAAGCUCAAGUCUUUAGUUGUGAGAUUCAUAUUUAUACUUAUACAGUACUGUUAUGGUGUAUUAUAAUAAAGCAAGUUCACACAGUAUACCCCCACUAUGUCAUGGCCUUGAGGCGUGUAAUUUGUUAUUUCAGGACAAACUACAGUAUUUAGAUAGCGUAUUUUCAUAUUGCGGAGAGGUGUGCGUAUUAUCACAGACUACGGGAACUCAGCAACUCUUCAACUUUCUGAUAUUGUGUUUGUGAUCAUAUAAUCACAGGUCCCCAUGACAGAAUUUUUAUUUCAUUUUAAAUUACUUGUACAGUACAGUACAGGUAUUUGAAAAUGAUAGUUAUUAAAUAAGAUGUAUUUUAACAAUGGAAGCAAAAGGUUGAGUUUUCCAACCAUGAGCUUAAGAAACGUGUAUUCUCAAACUUUACAAAACCUCCCUCACUAUCACUUACAGCAUAAUAUUAUACCAUUCUCUUCAAUUGAUAGCACGUGAUAUGCUCACACACCAUCCCUUCUACAAACACCUCCCACUUACACUCUCACACACAUGUCCUUUCACACACCUAUAACUUUUGAUUACAUUAACAAACCUUGCUUAAUGGCUUAACCCUCUCCCCCCCCCAUGUGUGGGAAGUGUUACUUGAUCGUUCCUGAUUUGGUCACCCCCUUUACCUCGGUGCAUACCUUACCAGCCCUACCUACCUAUAAAGUCAACCAGACAUCAUCCUACAUGGCGAUGAUUCUAUUCUGUUUUGUGUUGUGCCACAGUGGAUGAUUUUAGUGUGCUACAAGCUAACCAGGGUGGGGCGGGCUAUGUGAACCCAGUACAGUACAUUCAUUUAAUACCGGUUAGGAAAAAAAUAAUGGUAUUGGUGACUCAAAUAUCCCUACUGGUAUAAGUUUAAGUAUCACCAAUAUCACAGAUCUUGUUUUCUUAGGAUUAUGGUCAACAUAUAACAAGGUAAACAACAUUGUGACAGCUACAGGCCUAGGGACACAUUACCGUGAUAUAGUGGAGGUUUACCAUACUGUAUAUAUAUUUUUUAAUUUUAUGCCACUUUUUUAUUGUUAAUAGCAGAUCUUGCCACAGAAACUGUCUUUGAUUCUUAGUUCUUCCUUUUUACUGAACUGUAUGUAUGAUUUGAAUAUUUUGUUCAGGAUUGAUUGUACUGUAUAUAUCUGAAAUGAAUUUGAGGUUGAUUGUCGCUUAAAAAUAUUUCUCAAUGCAAUAUUACAGGAAUAAAUUUUACUUUUACAAAUUGAUUUUACAGGUUUAUUGUUCAUACCUUUCAUAGAAUUAUAUAAUUUUUUUUAACUAAUAAGAAUUUGUUUGGUAUGUGAUUUGCUGAGUACACAUAGUGGGGACAUGUUCUCCCAAAGAAUAAAGGACUGGAUAUGAAAUUCCUGUUUAUAAACAAGGUUUGAAAUUAACAGAUUCACAUACCUACAGUAAUCCUACACUAUUCCAGACCCAGCUGGUCCGGACAUUACUUAAUCCAGAGUAGGUCCAGCCUAGCAUGACCCUUUGAUAUCAGUUACUUAAAAUAGAUGCAAACAUAGAAACAAGUGAAAAUAAAAAUAAACAUAUUUGUAACUGUUGCAGAAAAGUUUAAAAUUAUGAGGAACUUGAAAGUGGUGUGGCUGAGGUAAGGAUCAUAGAGAAGGUCACUAUAUAAACACUGUCUGGUAAAAAGAAAAUUAAAGGUAGAGAAAUUUGCCUUAAAGUUUGAUGUCAGUGUUGGUAAUACUGUACAGGGACUGUGAAGAAGAAUGACUGAAACAACUGAAAGACACAUAACUAGAAGAAGUUGCUUUCAAGUGUCAUGUACAGCGUCGUUCACGUGGUGUUUGGUGUUCAUAGUGCUGAGCCUCAGUAUGCUGCCAAAAAUUUCGUUAAAAGUUUAGGUAUGUAUUAUACUGUUUUUUUUUACCAGCAUUGGGUGGUUGUGGCUUUAAUAUAACAUACAAACUGUUUUAGAUUUUAUAGGUUUAUUAUGCUUCAUUUACAUGUACUGUACUGUACUGUAUAAUAUUUUAUUUUAUUUUAAUAGUCUGUUGGCUGAUUCAGGCUCGCUCCCCCCAAUAGUGUGGAUGAAUGAGGAGUUACAUUAAUUAUAUACCUGUUCAGUAUGCAUUUACAAUUAGCACUGCUGAUUAUUUUGAAGUUUUGAAAAUAAGUUAUGAUCAUUUGAAUAUAGCAAUUCACAUUUUCCCCUUGAAGUACACUUGUACCUAUAUAUAUAUAUAUAAACAGAAAGUGUAUGAGUCUCUUCAUGGAUUAUUACUCUAUUAAACUUUCUGGUGGGACUUUGCAUUCAUUCUGUUAUAGUCAAUCAACAGACUCAAUACCACCAUUCAGAAGCAACAUUUCAAAAGGGUUUUGAACAAAUUCAUCUCACUGAAGUUCUUUGCAACAAUCUUUUUCCAGACUUGCCCAUAACUGCCAUAGGUGAAGUAGGGAUUUGUAAGGCUAGUUUCUCCUAUGGCUCUCAUGUUGUGUACAUAGAGCAAUCUCCUUGUGAGGGUGUCCAUCAAGUGACACUUGCAGCUUCUUUUUACCCUUUCAUCUAGAUUUGCUACUGAUACAUGAAACCUCCUGAAAUUGCAUGAGGUAAUAAUGGAGGUUGGCUGAAUGGGUGGGUGAGGGUUUAGUAAUACAAAUGUGGUAUGUUGCUUCGACAACUGGGUUACAUUUAUGUAGUGAGCUGUGUGAUGUCACAUUUUAAUGACAGUUCUAGGGUAACCUCAGCCUUUAAACUUCCUCUUUUGAGGGUGACAGUUGCUGCUGGGUAGUAGGCUAAUCUUUGGAUUAAUCUCAGCUGCCUUGAAUUGGGGUUACUUGGGCCAGACCCACCUAGCUGUGGCUGUAGUUAUGCAGAAAUUAUUCUACAAUGACUUGUUUUAAGGGCAGAACCUCUAUUUUGAAUUGAUAGGUAAGAACAUAAAGAUGAGCAGCAUAGAGAAUAAGACACAUAAUGAAUAAUGCAGUUUAAGAAAAAUUAAUGGUAUGAUGCAUCCAAGCAUUGUGGAGGUCUUGACUCACUCUUUCGUACUCGACUUUACACUUCUGGGGAAUUUCCUUUAAAUCUUGAUGGAUUUGUUCCACCCCAUUCAGUCAGGAAUGAAAUGAGUUUGAGAGAUUAUUAGCCAAACCAAAAAUGUGAUAUGGAUAAUAUUACUUUUUUAGAAUAAUUUAUAUUUGUAUUAUUUUAUUGGUAAGUGAAAAUAAACAUAGUGUGUUUUUGAUUAGAGAGUUUGCACGACAAUUAUAUUCAGUACAGAUGUCCAAAUACUGUAUAUCAGUGAUUGGAUAUGCUCCCAUGUUGUUCACCAAGAAACACACUUGGUUUAAUAGUGCCUCAGUACUGGUAACAAAAGGAAUUAUGGAAGAAGAUUAAUUUUUACAGUUUUAAUUAAAUAAUCCAUUUUUAUGCACAUUAAUCUACAAGAUAUACUACAAAGCCGUUACAUUUACAUUAAUGUAUUAUAGCAAGUCUUCUACCAGAUGCUUGUUAUACCGUUAAUGACUAAAUUCACAACUUUAAAUGAUCCUUUCAUAUCUGUUUUAUAUGUCCAUAUUGUGUAGUGAAAUUUCUCAGAGAAUUAGGAAAAGAUGAGGAAAAAGUAUGGGAAUAAUAAGCAAAACAGACAAAGAGUGGAGAAUUGUUGAAUAUUAUUGUACACUCAACAUAAACUUCUCAAACACAAUGGAUCCAAGAUUGUGCAGAAUGGGGCUUGUCAUCUCGGAGUGGUUUCAGAUUCUUCGUUCAUUUUUCAGAUUGCUUAGUGCUUAUAGCGUUUGAGAAGUUUUUGGCGAGUGUACCUGUAUGUACUAGCUUAAUGAGGCAAUGACCCAUGCAAUCGACCUUUUACUGUAUAAUAAUUUUAUGCCUAUCCUUCCUCCCCAAAGUACAGUACAGUACAAUAUAUAAAAUUAUUGUACUAAGCUUUCACUAUAUAAUAGUUUAAGGUUCAUACAUUAAAUGAUUAUAAACAUGUUAUAACUACAGUACUACAAUAACACCUCAG